UGAAAUGGACGUGUGUCAUGUCAUGACAUCAUUGCACUUUAAUUGGAAAGCAGCCCCCUUUUUUACCAAAAUUAUACCAAUGUGUUUGGGUUCUCAGUAUGAAAAAUAUUCACUGAAAGUUGGAAGUCUUAUGAGAGGAAAAUUUGAAAAUUGGUUCGAACGGUGAAUUGGCUUUUGUAUUGUUAAAAAUUCCAGCGAGAAAAUGCCAAAGCGAUUUUGAAAGAAAAAAAAAGCAGUAGAAGCCAAGGGGAUGAAGUUGGUAUAGAUAAAAAUGAUGCUACCAAGUACCCAAUGUAAACAAACAAACCAGACCAAAGUGUCCUCUGGUACAGGAGGAGCUCAGCUUCAUCUGUUAUGUUCCCAUGGAAGUUCCCACCAAGUAGCUUGAAAAUUAGGUGCCCCACGCAAUUUAUAAUGGACCCAUCUCGUCUCUUUUUCGAUAAGGACUAGGGACCCGUAUUUCUUCCCAAAACAUUUUUCUACAUUUUCACUGUUUCUUAAUUCCAUAUUCAAUUUACCCCUUUCUUUAAUCUUCUUUUUGUCUAGUUUAUGGUGCUUAGGACUUCUUCUGUUCGAUUUCAAGCUUUUUUUUGUCUUAAAAAUUGACAAUUUUUUUGAAUUAGAAACAUAGGGAGCGGAUUCAAUGAUAAAAUUAAGUUUCAAAUAUCUGAACUUUUCUUUUAAGUCAUGUCACCGAUGCAUUCACGUGCGAUGUAUUCAUUUUCAUUUUGGGAAUUCCAGUCAAUCAAAGCUUGAUUGUAAUCGGGCCUUAAAUGAAUUAUCCAAAUUGAGUCGGAUUAAUGAAGCUCGAAAGCUAUUUGACAAAAUGUCCGAACGGGAUGAGUUCACCUGGAACACAAUGAUAGCUGCCUAUGCAAAUUCUGGGAAAUUAACUGAAGCUAUGGUGCUUUUUAAAGACACCCCAAUGAAGAGUUCCGUCACUUGGAAUUCGCUAAUUUCUGGGUAUUGUCGACGUGGGAUGGAAAUUGAAGCGUUUGAUUUGUUUUGGGGAAUGCAAUUUGAGGGACAAAGACCUAAUCAGUACACAAUGGGAAGUAUUUUAAGGUUGUGUUCCACCUUGGGUUUACUUCAAAGAGGAAAACAGGUGCAUGGUUAUGUAAUAAAGACGCAAUUCGAGUCAAAUGACUAUGUUGUUACUGGUCUUGUUGAUAUGUAUGCAAAGUGCAAUUGCAUUUUAGAAGCUGAGUAUUUGUUUAAAAUGAUGCCCGAUACGAAAAAUCAUGUCAUGUGGACCGCCAUGGUUGCUGGUUAUUCUCAGAAUGGUGAAGCAUUCAAAGCGAUUGAGUGUUAUCGAGAUAUGGUAGUUGAAGGAGUUGAGUGUAAUCAGUUUACUUUCCCCAGUGUAUUAACAGCUUGUGCUGCGGUUCAAGCUGGUAAUUUUGGUGCACAAGUGCAUGGUUGCAUAAUUAGGAGUGGUUUUGAAGCUAAUGUUUUUGUUCAAAGUGCGUUGGUUGAUAUGUAUGCAAAAUGCAGGGAUCUGGAUAGUGCAAUGAGGGUCUUAGAGAAUAUGGAGGUUGAUGAUGUGGUUUCUUGGAACUCCAUGAUAGUAGGGUGCGUAAGGCAAGGUUGUGAAGAGGAAGCUCUCUCGUUGUUCCAGAAGAUGCAUGCUAGAGAUAUGAAGCUGGAUGAUUUUACAUACCCGUCUGUUUUAAACUGUUUUGCUUCAAUGAAAGAUAUGAAGAAUGCAAUGUCAGUCCAAUGUUUGAUUGUUAAAACAGGGUUUCAGGCUUACAAGCUUGUAAAUAAUGCUUUGGUCGACAUGUAUGCUAAACAAGGAAACUUGGAUUGUGCUUUUCAGGUGUUCAACCACAUGCCAAACAAGGAUGUGGUCUCAUGGACCUCUCUGGUGACAGGAUAUGCACAUAAUGGCCGACAUGAAGCAGCUCUCAAGUUGUUUUGUGACAUGAGAAUUGCAGGCAUUUGUCCCGACCACAUUGUUCUUGCCAGUAUUUUGAGUGCUUGUUCAGAACUAACAAUUCUGGAAUUUGGGCAACAAGUUCAUGCAAACUUUGUUAAAUCAGGCCUCCAAUCAUCCAUAUCAGUAGAUAAUUCCCUUGUAACAAUGUAUGCCAGGUGUGGUUGUAUAGAAGAAGCAAGCAGAGUAUUUGAUUCUAUGCAAAUUCAGGAUGUGAUAACUUGGACUGCUCUAAUAGUUGGUUAUGCCCAGAAUGGUAAAGGCAAGGACUCAGUACGGUUCUAUGAUCAAAUGAUUGCUAGUGGCACAAAACCAGACUUCAUUACUUUUAUAGGUCUACUAUUUGCUUGCAGCCAUGCUGGUCUUUGGGAAAGUGGUCGUUUCUAUUUUGCAUCCAUGGAGAAGGUUUAUGGAAUUAAACCAGGUCCUGAACACUAUGCUUGUAUGAUUGACCUCUUGGGUCGGUCAGGAAAACUUGUUGAAGCUGAGACAUUGUUAUAUCAAAUGGAUGUGGAACCAGAUGCAACUGUAUGGAAGGCCCUCCUUGCUGCAUGCAGAGUACAUGGCAACUUGGAAUUGGGGGAAAGAGCAGCAAAGAAUCUCUUUGAAUUAGAGCCCACGAAUGCUGUGCCAUACAUCAUGUUGUCAAACAUGUAUUCAGCUAGUGGAAAAUGGGAAGAUGCUGCUAGGAUUCGAAGAAUGAUGAAAUCGAGGGGAAUUACCAAGGAGCCUGGAUUUAGUUGGAUCGAGAUAAACGGUAAAGUGCACAGCUUUAUGUCUGAAGACAGAGGCCAUCCAAGAACUGCGGACAUCUAUACCAAGAUCGAUGAGAUCAUGCUCUUGAUCAAGGAAGCUGGUUACGUACCAGAAAUCAGUUUUGCUCUCCAUAACACGGAUGAGGAAGGGAAGGAGCUUGGUCUGGCCUAUCACAGUGAGAAACUGGCCAUUGCAUUCGGACUUCUGAACGUGCCACUUGGAGCCCCAAUCCGAAUUUUUAAGAAUCUCAGGGUUUGUGGGGAUUGUCAUACGGCUGUGAAAUAUAUAUCGAGAGUUUUCCUUCGUCACAUCAUCCUGAGGGAUUCUAAUUGUUUUCAUCACUUCAAACAAGGACACUGUUCAUGCGGAGAUUAUUGGUAGAUGGUUUUUUAUCUAACCACACAAGUACUCGUUUCUUUAAGCAGUUUUCACUUCUGAUAUACGUCUACCAAUAAUUGCAGUGAUGUUUGACUUGUAUUCUACACAUCUUUUAUACUUUAUUUAUUAAUGGUAUUAACGAUCAACCUUGGGAGAAAAUAGAAACAUGGAUUUCUUGGAAAUUUGCUUCUCUGGAGAACUUGUAUACAGUCCUCGAGUUGAAAAUUUAGGAUUUUUUGAACAAUGAAUGCUAAUACACUUCCAUAUAUUAAAGCGAAAGCACAGUUUUAACGAGUCAUCUUUUUCAUUAGUUUAGGCAGAUAGCAAAUCACAUUGUAAAUGAAAAAAAAAAA